AUGAUUUCACCCAAGAGACUUCAACUGCUAAUAGAAGAACUAGAAACAUUACUAAAUGAGGAAACUAUCAUCAAGGGUCUGAAUGAUGACUACGAUUCCACUUCCUUCUCCAUGAAAGUGGAGCCAGUGCUGCGAAAAACAUAUAAUAUGUUCAAUGGUAUCUCUGUUGACGUAUCCGGCAAAAAUAAGUCUCGAGUUCAAGCUCUCUACAAAAGCUACACACAGCUAUUAAACACACUUGCUGAGGAUUUAUCGAUAGACACAAGCUCAUUCAAAGUUGACAACAUAUGGUCAGAGGAUUCACAGAACGGACAAGUCAACGAUAACUCCCAAAGACAAUUGAAGAAGAGUAAGUCGGUUAGAUUCAAGGACAACUUGAUUGAGCCAGGGGUGCAAGAAACUACAGUGGCGCCUUAUCAUGACGAUGCACCGGAAACAAGGGACUCGGCUAUCAAUUCCUUGAACAAUCAAAGUAUCUUUAUUGAUAAUCAGCAAGAACUAUUGAGACAGGACCACGUACUAGACAAAUUGUCGCGUUCAGUAGGAAAACAACGAGAAAUAGGACUAACAAUUGGAGGAGAGGUCGAUGAACAAGUGGUCAUGUUAGAUGACUUGGAGGCCCAAAUCGAUCACAACGAAAAUACACUUUAUCGAGCACGAGGAAGAAUUACCAAAUUUAGUCAGAUGAGCAGUGAAAAUGGAAGACUAAUGUCAAUUUUUGGAUUACUUAUCUUGUUAAUACUCUUGAUUGUGUUGACCUAA